ACCUGUCGCCGUGGGUAUAAAGGGUGGGCUGCGGCCGCCCGGCGCAGUCAGCUGCUGCCCCUACAUCUGUAACAAUGUCUCCCCUGACGCUGGCGUUAGUACUCUGCGCGGCCAGCUCUGCCGUGCUGGCGCUUCCGGACGGCUAUGGAGGGGUGGUGAUCGGUUAUGUGAAGGACGAGUUCGGCCGGAUUGUUCACCUCCAGAGCGUUCCCGAGUACACGAUCAUCUACGGAGAGGAUGACGGUGGAUACGGCGGAUCCUCGGGCGGUGGCGGUGGAUACGGCGGAUCCUCGGGCGGCGGCAGCGGCGGAUAUAGCGGUGGAUCCUCGGGCGGCGGCGGUGGUGGUGGAUACGGCGGAUCCUCGGGCGGCGGCGGCGGCGGAUACAGCGGUGGGUCCUCAGGCGGCGGCGGCGGAUACAGCGGUGGAUCCUCCGGCGGCGGCGGCGGCGGAUACGGCGGAUCCUCGGGAGGCGGUGGUGGUUAUCGCGGUUGAUGCCCACAAAUAAACGUGAAAUCACUGUGACAAACCAUUUGUUUCAGUCUUGCAAUUUAAGCAAAUUGAUUAGAAUGUUCAUUCACCAUGAACGGCAAUCUGUGCAUGGGUUAGUUGCAUUUGGUCGUAGGUAGUCAGUACCACUUGCUUCCAGAAGCCCAAAGGCCAUACUUAUUUUCCUUUUGUACCAUUUUGAUUAUCUACAUAUAUGGUGUUAUUUUAUUGUCAAUCUUAACUUAUUGAUAUAAUGUGCAUUGGGAGUUAAGCUUCCAGCUUUUGCAAAUAUGUCUUUGCAUUUAACGUGUAUUUUCGCAGCCUUCGAGAGAUGCAUGUCUAAUUGCAAUCCGCCGUGUGUGAGUCGUAACAAUGAGUGAAGCAAAAUACAAGCUUUUAUCAUG